AUCUACUUAGACAAAAAAAAGGAUCUACAUUUACUUUUGAAAACGUUGUACUAUUCGUUAAUAUAAUUUAUAAUAGUUCAAAUUACGUUAGAGAUUAAGGAAAUUACUCUAAUGAAAGUCAGAUUAACGAGGUACAGGUGAGAUGGAGACUGAAGACGAAAUGGAUGAGGAAUUAUCGGGAGCUACGGAAAUGGAGGUAAAUCAUAAUAACAAUCUUGGAAAUUUUGAAUCGAUGAAGAUCUCAUCGAGAACAUCGGAAAAAGGAAAUGAUAAUAACGAUCAUUGUGAAAUUAAUAUUCAUGUGGAAACGAAAAUUGAUAGAGAAGAAUCAAAAUUAUCUUUAAGUACAAGUAUGAAGACUGAAAUAAAGGAAAAUGAGAUCGCCAGGCUUUGUAGGAGCAAAAGGAUCUCUUGUCAGGACACCAUACACGAAUACGACGAGGACGAUGGCCUGACUAUGAACAGAGUUGGAAGAUACCUGGAGGCUCAUCCAGACCUAGUAGAAGCUUGGUUAUACGAAAAAGCGAGUGUGGAAUUACGACAACGAUUGCAAAUGCCAAUAUUGGAACGUACAACUUCUAUUUCUAGUAAAGACCAGGAAGGUCUUUUGAGUCGAACCAAACGUAACAGCGUCACGUCCGAUCUCUUUCAAACGUGGUUAUCAACGAGUUCACCGGCUAAACGUAGCAGAAGUCCUAGCAGGGCUUCUAUAUCGUUAAUGGGUCGCCGAGAGGAACUCAAUAGACUGGAUGAAAGCGACCUAUUUAUGGAACUCAUAAGGGACGUAGCGAACGAACUGGACAUCAAUGUACUUUGUCAUAAAAUUUUGGUCAAUGUUGGAUUACUUACUUAUGCCGAUCGAGGAAGUCUAUUUCUUGCUAAAGGACCACUCGAGGACAGAUAUUUGGUAGCUAAACUUUUCGACGUAACACAAGAUACGGAACUCGAGGAAGCUGUACAACGUGCAAAAAAUGAAGAAAUAAGGAUACCUUUUGGCGUGGGUAUUGCCGGUUACGUAGCUCAAACCAAGGAGAUAAUCAACAUAAAGGAUGCAUACAAGGAUCCACGAUUCAAUAGUGCUAUCGACAUGCGUACGGGUUACAAGACAACACUUAUCCUAUCGAUGCCAAUUUGCAAUUACGAAGGUGACGUUAUUGGUGUCGCACAGAUCAUCAACAAGACCAAUGGAAGCAACGAGUUUACCGAAAAGGACGUUGAAGUGUUUAAAAGAUAUUUAACCUUCUGUGGAAUUGGUAUUCAAAAUGCACAACUAUUCGAGUUAUCUGUACAGGAAUAUAGAAGGAAUCAAAUUUUACUUAAUCUAGCGAGGAAUAUAUUCGAAGAACAAAACAAUCUCGAGUGUUUGGUAACGAAAAUUAUGACGGAAGCGAAAGAGUUGCUGAAGUGCGAAAGAUGUGCGGUUUAUUUGCUCGAUCUGGAUUGCGGCGAGGCGGGUCAUCUCGAAAAGAUCGUCGAGCGACCCGGUAAAUCGAUUCAAGAAAACAGAAAACCAUUGUCCAGGAGAGAGAGCAAUAACAUCGAUAUGGAGGAUAUCUUUCAGCAGCACAGUUCGAGCGAAAGCAAUAAGUUCACUAUGAUGUUCGAAAUGGAUAACGAAACCCAAGAGGCACGGGUGUAUCGACCAAGUUCCAAUGAUCUUUCCAGUCCGUUGGGUCAAAUCGCAAGAUACGUUGCAGUAACUGGACAAAUUCUCAACAUAGGAGAUGUGGCUAGUUGGUUGAAGAAAGAAGUUGUGGAAACUGAGAAGGAACCAACUAAGAGUAUCCUCUGUAUGCCGAUCGCCAAUGGUCAAAGAAUUAUUAUUGGUGUUGCCCAAUUGAUUAACAAGGAUAAUGGUUCAUCCUUCACCGAUUCGGACGUCUCCAUUUUCGAAGCAUUCGCAAUAUUUUGUGGGCUUGGUAUACACAACACGCAAAUGUACGAGUCAGCUUGCAAACUUAUGGCAAAGCAAAAGGUCGCUUUGGAGUGUCUAAGUUAUCACGCAACAGCCAACAACGACGAUGCUUUGAAACUAACCACCGAAGCUAUUCCAUCUGCUGAAAAGUACAAUCUUUACAGCUUCACGUUUACAGAUUUUGACUUAACAGACGAGGACACCUGUAGAGCGACCUUAAGAAUGUUCAAGCAAUGCGAUCUUAUUCAAAAAUUUCACAUACCUUACGACAUUCUUUGCAGGUGGACUUUAAGCGUGAAAAAAAAUUACAGACCAGUAAAGUAUCACAAUUGGCGACACGCAUUAAACGUAGCACAAACCAUGUUUGCUAUGUUGAAGACUGGUAAAAUGGAACGGUUCAUGACUGACCUUGAAAUUCUUGGGCUACUGGUAGCCUGCCUCUGUCAUGAUCUUGAUCAUCGUGGUACGAACAAUGCAUUCCAAACGAAAACGGAAUCCCCACUUGCCAUAUUAUACUCAACAAGUACUAUGGAACAUCAUCAUUUCGAUCAGUGUGUCAUGAUAUUGAACUCGGACAGUAAUAACAUCUUUCAAAAUCUUUCCAUGGAAGAUUAUAGAAGAGUAAUGAAGGUGGUUGAGAGUGCUAUACUUUCAACGGAUUUAGCCGUUUAUUUUAAGAAAAAGAAUCGUUUCAUGGAAUUGGUUGAGGAGGGUGAAUUUGAUUGGCAAAGCGAGGAAAAAAAGGAAUUGUUAUGCGGAAUGAUGAUGACAGCGUGUGACGUGAGCGCGAUAGCAAAACCAUGGGAAAUACAACAUCGAGUAGCAAAAUUGGUUGCCGACGAAUUCUUCGAUCAAGGUGAUUUAGAACGGUUGCAGUUAAAUCAGCAACCUGUAGCAAUGAUGGAUCGAGAAAAAAGGGACGAGUUACCGCAAAUGCAAGUUGGUUUUAUCGACGUGAUAUGUAUGCCGUUGUACAAGGUAAUGACCGAUACGUUUCCAUGGAUUAUGCCACUUUACGAGGGUACCAUGGAGAACAGAAAACACUGGCAAGAUUUAGCAGAAAAAGUUGAAAUGGGUUUGACUUGGAUAGAUCGUGAUACGAUCGAAGAACCGGUGGAAGAAUUUGUUUCAUUCGAACCAAAGGACAUCGAGUUCACGUUGACAACCUUGAACUGUGCGCACGCCGAUAAAAAGGAUCAAGUUCAAGAAAAAUCAGCAUUGGCCAGAUUCGCCUCGUUGAGAAAAGGUAGUCGUACAUUGAGCAAAGGUGUCAGACAACGUUUGAGUAAAUCACUUUACGUAAAGACUAAUUCUGAGGACACCAGUAAAAGUAAAGUAUUGAUUUCCGAAAGAAAAAGUCGUAAUAAACUUUGUCUUCUCAUUUGACGGCUCACGUCCACAACUCUCGAGAGUAUACCGGAAUGAUGAUGUCUACAAAAACCCAACGACCCACCCACCCACCAAAACCACUUCAAAAAAAACAGCAUCGUUUGUUUUAACGUUUCAUUAUCGAUCGAUGAUCAACUGUCGAUCAUCGUUAACGAUCAAUGAAUACAAUGUGAUUUCGUUUUAUCGAGAUGAACUACUCUACUAAUCGUGAGUUUAAAUGUCAGAAUCAAAAUAGAAUAGAAACGAGAACGGACGCUAAUUCGAUUUGAACACAGUCGAAUAGAUAAUUAUCUCCUUUCCCUCUCUUUAAUUCUUCCUAAUCACUCAUCGAAUCCCAAUUUAAUUUUAUGCUAAAAAAUACAUAUGUGAAACUUUCUAUAAAAAUCAUUAAUUAAAUAAGAGAAAGACUGCUGGACUCGUAAUUUCUUUUUUUUCAAAAUGGAUACGUUGUGGAGAAAAUUAAAAAAGAAAAAAGGAAAAAAAAAGGCAGUAUAUUCGUAGAGACUAGAAAAUAUACUUAGUCGAGAUAUGACUAGGUGUAUAUAUGUAUUACAACAUACAUACAUACAUACAUACAUACAUACGUACCUACGUACAUACAGACAUACACACAUAAAUACAUACAUACGUGCACACAUAAUUAGGAAAAUGAAUGAUCAUUAAGUUAGGUCGACAUAUCGAGGUAUAUUUCGAUAUAACGUGAACGGAAAAAAAAGAAAAAAACGUAAAAGCAUAUUCUCAUUCGAUUUUGACAAUCUUUUUGUAUUAUAUAUCUCGAUAUUCUUAAAUAGGCUUUAGUCGAACGAUGGGGGAAAAGUGAUCGAUAUCGACUCGCAAAAUAAAAAGUAAGAAAACGAUAACAAAUAUAUGUAUGUGUUGGUGUGCGUUCUGUGUGCGUGUCUCUUAUGAUUUUGGACAAAUUGAUAAAAAAGAAAAGAAGAUAUUAUUUGCAAUUAAUAACGACAAGAAAUUUACGAAGUUUAUCGAUCGUUUCGAAUAUUUCCGAAUUUUUAUUUUAGAAACUCGAAAGAUCGAGAGUAAUUUAAAACUCGUUUUUCUCAACCUUCAAAUUUAAUUCCUUAUCUAUAUUUCCGACAAUUAAAAAGAAUAUGGAAAAAUAAUAACACGAAAGAAUGAGAGAAAUAAACAUUAUAUGAAUAUAAAAGUAAAUAAAUAAAUAAAUAAAUAAACAUAUAAAAAAUGUGGGAUAUAUCGGAAAAAGAAAAAAAAAAAAAGAAAAAAGAAACAUCGAAUCUUUUGUUGUAAUUAAUGAUGCUCUCGCUUACGUGAUUUAAAAUGAAAAACAAAAGAAAACUUUUAAAAACGAACAACAAGGGGAGAAGUAAAAAAAAUUGAAAAAGAAAAAAAAAAGAGAGAGAGAUCAGUGUGAAUAAAUCGUCCGCGCUAGUGUAUUAAUUAUUCUCAUUAAAAAAAAAAAAGAAAAGAAAAGAAAAUAAUUAUAUGCACCGUUCUACCGAUGCAACGAAAAUUUCAAAACUAUGUCCUUCACGCAAAACUGGUUUCUAAUCUUUUUGAUAUAAUUAAGAAUGUGCAUCAUCAUACCUGUUCGGGCAUUGAUGCACGAGAUUAAAUAAAAAAAAAAAGAAACACAAAUUUCUGAAUGUGGUCAAAAAGUUGAAUUUAAAGAUAUAUAAAUAAGAUGUAUGUUACAAGUAUACAUGUAUGUUUAUGUACAUAUAUACAUGGUAUCUGAUUUUAAUCGAUCCGCGUGAAAAUUUUUACAAAAUUGUAAUUUUAAUUUGUUUCAUUUUAAUUUGAAGAUUUUAUUCGUUCGACAUAUUUAAAUUAAUUAAUCGAUUUAAAUAGGAGAUUUUGUAUAGAAAACAGGACCGUAUUUAUACUGUUGGAGACCAUAGGCGGCGCACCAUUAUUACGAGGCCUCGAAAGAACGAUUAUUAAAACUAAUUAAAUUUGUACAGUUUGUCUUCCUUAUAUAGUUUAUUGAAAAAAUAAAAUUCGGCAUUUCAAUAAUAACUUAUUUAAUAAAUUUAAUAAAAUAAAAAUAAUAUAACAUUGCGUGUGUAGUAUUUGAAAAACUAAAAAAAAAAAAGAACAGGAACAAAUUAAAAUAAAUUGGUCUAAGUUAAAAAAAAAAUAAAUUAAUAACUAACUAAGUUUAUCUUCUGGAUUUGUUUUUAACAAAUAUAUUAGGCUGUUUUUUCAAUCUUUUAUUAUUGCUCAUUAGGGAAUAAGAUUAAACCCAACUUGCGCCUGAUGUAUUUUAUUAUUAAAUGCGGCCCUAAUAAAUAAAGCAAAAA